AUGCCUAAGGUACCUUAUCCAGUUCCACCAAAGAAGUCCCGCAAGGACUUAGAGGAGGCAAAGUGCAGGGAGAUGCUGAAGGAUUUGACAGUGAAACUCCCUCUAGCUGAUGCUGUUCAGAUGAUACCAGCCCUUAAAAGAUACAUGAAGGGGUUAGUGUCUGGGAAAGCUGUUGAGGAAGAGAGUGUCAUGAUGGUUUCGAAGGAGUGCAGUGCUGUUCUUCAGAACAAAGUGCUGAAGAAGAGAAGUGAUCCAGGAAGAUUUGUUCUCUCAGUGAGGAUUGGCAAUGUGCUGUUUGCAAGGUCUCUCUGCGAUCUGGGUUCAAGUGUGAAUCUGAUGCCUUAUUCUGUAGCCAAGCGAUUGGGUUACACCAGAUUCAAAGCGACGAAAAUCUCGCUGGUGUUCGCUGAUAGAUCAACCAAAUUCCCUGUUGGUAUACUUGAGGAUCUGGAUGUUCAGAUAGGCGAUACACUCAUUCCAGCAGAUUUUGUGGUUCUGGAGGUUGAUGAAGAACCCAAGGAUCCUUUGAUAUUCGGUCGAUCCUUCUUAUGCACAGGUGGUGCAAUCAUAGAUGUGAAAGGAGGAGUGAUAGAUCUCCAGCUGGGAGAUAUGGUGGUGCGAUUUGAGAUGAAUAAACUCCUCAAGAAACCAAUGCUGGACGGACAGACAUUUGUCAUAAAUGAUGGUUCAGGCAUUGCUGAAGAGGUUGCUGAAGAGGUUUUAGCCAUUGAUCCUUUGGAAGUUGCACUCACAAAAGCCGAAGGAGAACAUGGGUAUUUUAGUGAGGAAGCUGAUGGAUUUGCAAGGAUGCUGAAUGCAAGAACGAGGAUGCAAAGGCUGGUGGCGUACAUGAGCUUAGAAGGCAAGGAGAGCUCACCUGCAGAAAAAGCCGACAGAGCACCUGCUUCGAAUCCUGGAGCACCUGCUCCCGACGGCUUGAUUGAUGGACCUUAG